AUGGUCCAUAGUAAUGCAGACGAUGUAAAAACGGCUGUCAGAACUGCCCUGGACGCCGGGUACCGGCUUAUUGACACAGCGUACAACUACCUAAAUGAGGACGCCAUAGGGGAAGUCCUUGAAGAGUAUAUUAAAGCAAGCAAGGUGACGAGGGAGGAAUUGUUUAUAACGACCAAGCUAGGCAGUGUCCUUACCCGACCUGCUGACGUUCAAUAUUCCAUGUCAGAAAGCCUCAGAAAAUUACGGCUCUCCUGCGUUGACCUGUUCCUUAUACACCAACCGAUGGUAUUAAAGAAACAAAAUGAUCCAAACGAUGUUUUCCCAGUAAGAAAUGGCCGACUUGAUCAUGAUGGUAGAGUUGACCUUGAAGGCGUCUGGAAGGAAAUGGAAAAACUUGUUGACGAAGGGAAGGCAAAGAGCAUCGGAAUAUCAAACUUCAAUGCUGCGCAAGUGGAACGUAUCAUGAAAUGUGCACGUAUUAAACCAGUGGUGAAUCAGGUCGAGUGUCACGCCUAUUUUCCCCAAACAAAGUUGGAGGCUGUCUUAAAGAAAGAUAACAUAUUGAUUAUGGCGUUCGCCCCAUUUGGAUCCCCCGGCAAUGCAGCAUUACUUACGAAUCCGGGAGAGUCGCCACCACCUGCUUUGUUAGAGGAUCCCGUAAUAGCCAAGCUAGCAACAAAACACAAGAAGACUCCGGCCCAGAUUCUGAUUAGGAACUUGCUUCAAAGGAAUUUGAUCGUUAUCCCAAAGAGUAUAACACCAAGCAGGAUACAAGACAAUGGAAACGUGUUUGAUUUCGAGCUUCCCUCAGAAGACAUGGACACGAUCAGAGGGAUUGAUAAAGGCAUCAGGAUAUUCCGCCCGAGCAUAAUGGCCGACACACCUGACUACCCAUUCAAAAGUCCUGUAUAG